AUGCCGACCAAAAGCAUCAGCAUGCAGGUGCUGAAGCGCGGGCAGCAGGUGAAAAAGACUGUGGACCUAGCAGAAGGUGCAACAGUCAAGGAUGUCGUCUCCAAGUUGUCGCAGCUGACUGGGACCUCCAAGUCAUCUCUGUUUGUUGCAGAAGUUCGCAACCUCGACAAAGUGCGUCUUUACAGUGGUGAGGCUCCAACGGGCACCUUUGAAGUUGGAGGCUUGGAGACCAUCGAGGAUUUGCCAGAGGUCAUCCACGUGGAGCACCAGGUGAAGGCGCUUGGACUGCAGGAGUCGCUGCAGCUUCUGGAUGAUCUGAUCGUUGCUUAUAAGAACGCCGAUUUUCAGGCGAGCCUCUCCAGGUUCCAGCAAUCAUUCCUGGACGGUCAAACGGAUAUCCGUCAAUACAGCGUUCUCCUGGCAGAUGUGGCAGGGCACGCACAGGAGCCUGUGUUUGCCAAAUGGGGUUAUGAUGCCACCACUUCCGGAAGGAUGGACAUGUAUGCUGCCAUGCUGGAUGUGCAAAAUAUGGAAGAAGUCAGAACAAAGCAGCUGGAGGUUAACAGGCUGCUCGGACAGACCUUCGAGUGGCUGCCAGAAGCAAUGAGCGCUGUUGCCAAGGAUACUGAACAUGCACCGCUGUGCCCUUUGCCUUUGCUGUACAUUGAUUUGUCUACGCGGGUUCAAAAGGAGGCAGCUCAGAAGCGCCGUUCAAGGCCAGUUGCUUGGCAACCGCAGGGCGAAGGUCUGCAUUCAGGUGUUUGGCUGAAGCUCGAGAUCUGGAGCAAAGGAGGCUUCGCAGCUGACGAGGCUACGCCGGAGACUGAGGCUGCGAUCUCUGCAGCCAUGGACACGGGUGAAGCCAUGACUUCUGCGCCUGGCCGUGCUGCCCUGUCGCUCCUGACGCUUGGAGCUACGAUCAUGCCGCAUUGCGGGCCAACCAACCAUCGACUGAGGCUUCAUUUGCCCUUGCUGCUUCCUGGUGGAGCGCAGCGGAUGUCCGGCCUCACAGUGGCCGGCGAGACACGUGAUUGGGAGCUUCACAGGUGCUUGGUCUUCGAUGACAGCUUUGAGCACGAGAUACGGCUUCCACCAAGUCAAAGCGGCGAGCCUGAGCCCAGCCUGGCUCAAGAAGCAAGAGUCGUGCUGCUACUGGACCUGUGGCAUCCGGACGCAGACGAGAAUCUCAGGUCUGGAAGCUCGAAACCCGUUGCGAGCGCGGAAAAUGGGUUCAGCUAA